AUGUCUGACUCUGGUCGCAAGGAUUUCACCACCAAGGCUAAGGAGGAGAUGACUCCUGAUUCUGCCAAGUCCACUCAGGACAAGGUCAAGGAGACCGUCACCGACACCGGUGACCGUAUCGCCCGCGGCUUCCAGUCCGACGACAGCAAGUCCGGUCCCCAGGAGGCUUUCGACAAGACUCAGCGUACCCACGACAACAACGCCCACGGCGGUGCUACCAGCUCGGUUGGCGACAAAAUCAAGAAUGCCGUUGGCCUGGGUGGUAACUAA